CAUUAAAUGGUGGUUCAGUCGCGAGCGAGCAAUCAUUAAGAUAUAGUAUAAGGAAUGGUCGGGAAUUUUUAGACCUUACAGAUUAUAAUAUUGAAGGUUAUUUGAAGUUAAAAAAUUUUAUAAAUUUAGAAGUGUUGGAUUGUUCCAGUGCGCGGAAAUCUUUUCCACGAACAAAUGAUCAUUGUCGCAACCAUAUUAUUGGUCUCGAUUUAAGCGGAUGUCCUGGGUUAAUAGAGCUUAACUGUUCGGAAAAUGCAGAAUUGACUGAACUAAAUAUCAAGAAUUGUUUUAAUUUACAAAAAAUUAAUGUUCUCGGUUGUCCAAAACUAAGAAAAGUAAUCUGUGACAAUACUCCUCAUUCUCCCACGGAAAUAAUUAAAGAAAGCAAAAGGUUUCCUUGUCUUACCGACGGAUGUAAACGAGCGGCAUCUAAUAACGGGCAUUGUGAUAUGCAUCAGAGUUGUAAAGCAAGAGGAUGUGAUUCAUAUAUCCAUAUUUCGAAAACAUACUGCUCUUCUCAUCAAUCAAUUUGUAUAAUACCUGAUUGUCCCUCUCGAGCUCCUCUAAACAAAAGUGGAUGUAAAACAUUUGUUCAUAUUUCGAAAGAAUAUUGUCCUUCUCAUCAUAAACCGAAGCAUGAUUGUAAAGUAGAAGGAUGUAAUUCAUCUAUCCCUAUUUCAGAAGAAUACUGCUCUUCUCAUCAGUCAGGUG